UAACAAGCUAAAGAAACAGAAGCAACAUAUUAAUGAGUUGUGAUAGGCUCUUAAGGCCAAGUCUUGGGUUAUAUAUAACAAGGCAUCUUCUUUACAGAGGGAGAGAAGAAAGAUCUGGAGGAACAAUGGCAACAACAAGACAGAUGUUGGAGCAGCCACAAUCACCAUUUAUUCAACGCACCAUAAGCAUCAAUGGAAGUCCCAUGGUAGAUGACAGAGAAGAGGAGCUUUCACGCUCUGCUUUGGCUUUGUAUAAGGAAAAAGAAGAUGAGAUUGAGAGGAGGAAGAUGGAGGUUAGGGAUAGGGUCCAGAAAAAGCUUGGACUCGCCGAGGAAGCUACUAGGAGAUUAGCCGAGAUUCGGGAAGAGCUGGAAGCUCUUACCGACCCAAUGCGUAAGGAGGUUUCGGCGAUAAGGAAAAGAGUCGAUGCUAUUAACCGAGAACUCAAGCCACUAGGACAGAGUUGUCAAAGAAAGGAGAGGGAAUUCAAAGAAGCAGUUGAAGCAUACAAUGAAAAGAACAAAGAGAAAGCUAUCUUUGUUAGCAAGCUAGUCGAGCUUGUUACUGAAAGCGAGAAACUGCGAAUGACAAAGCUUGAUGAACUCAGCAAAAGCAUUGACGUUUCCUUACGCUAACACAAGAUGAUCAGCCAGCUUUGCUGAUUUCUUUUGCACUUUUUUUUUUUAAUUGUUUGAUUCGAUAUUUCCUUGUCUUUGUGAUCAAAUCUGAUUUCCUGAUUUAGUUGUAAUGUGUUAAAGCUUCAGUAUGAAUUCACAUUCUUAUGUUUUCAUGUGUUGUGACAAUGUUCCAAGAAAAUUAGGCUCUUCUAUUCCUCUGACC